UUGGGUGCGGUUUCGCCUUUUUUGUGCUCGUUUCUUAUCCUUCUUGCAGUAUAUUGGCUGGAUAGAUGCAAUUCCGAUUCUUGGGCUGGCAGGAUUGCCCAGAAUGGCUCCUUGCCCAAAUAUGCGAAUUUUCCAGUUUGUCGUCUGUCAAAUUUAAAGGAUUAUGCCAGCUGUCCGUGGAGUUUCCUUCUUAAAAAGAAUGUGGCUGACGAAGAAAUGGCACGUUUUGUUUCCGAGCACAACGAUAUAUCCAGCAUUCGCCGGUUUUUGUACUCCAUUUCCUUCAUGAUGAAAAACGCCACUUCGUAUAGAUGCGCAACGGAUGAUUUUGAGACGGAAUGCACUCACUUAGGUUUGCCACCUGAGCACAGCAAGAUGUUGGCACGUGUUUUCGCGUCUAAUCUCGAUGUUUUGAAGCAAUACGUGAAAAACAGCAUCCCAAAAGAGCCCCCACUGGAGUCUGUAACGAUAUCCGAAGAAGACCCAUCCACUCCCGUGUUACGGUACACACGCAAUGGGAAAACAACCGUUUGUCAGCUCACAGGCGAACAGUUGAGUGCCAUGCGCUCCGAUAUGGAUUUCGUCUGGGACAAUAUCAAGGUCAAGUUCAGAGACUGGUGA